UUGCUGAUAUGGGUCAAAAUGUUCCAGGCAAUUUGUUUAAUAUCCUCUUCUUACCUGUUGAAUAAUUCCGGUUCAGUUAAAUUGCGGCCUAUUGUUGAUUUUCUUAUCCUAUUACCUUUUUCACAAGCCCAAUCUGUCAAUUUGAUUUGCCAUUUGUUUCCUCUCCGAGGAUUUUAGCCCCAUCUGCCUGCCUGUUUUUCUUCGUUCGCGGGACAUCCAGUCAAUAUUACGGAAUACGCGACUCGAUCUGGUUACAUUCCGGUAUGAGAACGACCGAUCUGACUUGCUGCUGUCAGCCUUGUUUCCACAUCUCAGAGGCGCCACUCAACGAAUGGCACCCCUCCCGAGGCCCCCCAUCAAUCAAGAUCAACUACCACACAUACACACAAAGACCAGUGAAAUUUGAGGUAUUCCGUACGCCCCAACGAAUUCGAAUUUGGUUGAUUGCUUUUUUCCUAUAUUUCCUUUAUAGUUAUUUUUAUCGUAUUCUUUUUUCCUUUGCUCUCUUCGGGAUGACGAGGGUUUGGUAGUUUGCGAGUUGAUGCUGUCACUAACCGUCCAAUCCUAUCCAUCCCUCAUCGGCCCGGUUCAAAUAAACUUGAGACAGCCUAACGGUGUCCGGUCGAGUGAGUUAUUACUCACCCUUCCCAUGCGGAUGAUGUUGCUGCUGAUGAUGCCGCUGAAAGGAGGGUAAUGACAGUGUAACCCCAGCUCUUGGGCUGGAAAGCGGCCGAUCAAUCAUUGGCACUUCGGUGGGCUCCUGAUCCUGCCGCUUCCCGGCGACUAGCUUCCUGCAUCAUGCUUCCCAAGACACCUUCAUACGUUGAGAGGUGAUGAACCUACUCCUACCCUUGGGCGAUCGAAUUCAUCCUUGAAGCCAAGUGCGGUGACCAAGGUCAGGAGGAGCCGGUACGCCCCGGAUGGGCCGACGGGGCCGUGGCCACAACACCACUUUAUUAUUGUAAGGAAGGGUCAUGAUUUGAUUCUCAUUGAUGGGGCGCGGCCCAAGGUUUCUUUCUCUCUUUCUCUCUCUCUCUCUCUCUCUCUC